CAGGGAAAACAAAUAUCUAGAAUGCAAUUGGCUUCUCCUCCCUCAGCCACCAAGCAAGUACCCAUCAAGAUUAAAACGCAUGAACCAAGUUGCGGCUCUCACUCACAUUCACACAUGCACUACUUAGUACUUACAUUCACAUACUUACAAAGGUAUUGAUUGGAAGAUGAAACAUACAGGAGGUUAUUUUGGACUCUUGAAAAUAUCAAAGUUGCUGAAAAGUUUACAUUCUUGCAAACCAAUUAAAAUUUAUAGCCAGGGAUAUCAAAUUAGACUUAUAUAUAUGUCUGUUUCUAUGAUUCCGAUCCCUUUCAACGUAAUAAAUUUUUAAUGCUUGUUGACUAAUGAAAAAAAUAAAAGGGAUUUAUGUAUGUGUGUAUAACACUAACCACACACCCAACAAGCAAUAGACACACAAUAAUGACAAAAGAAUUAAAUUAUAUAUAAGACUCGAUCUUAACGUUUUGCUAGCUAGAAUAGAAAGAAAAUAUUUUUGUUAUUGUCUUUCUUAUCCCUGCAAAUCAUAUAACAAUCAGGUAAGUAUUCUAAAUGCUAUUAAUUAACCGACAAUUAGGAUAAAUUAUAUCCAAAUGCUUUUAGAGAUACUUCUAGAAACAGCAAAGGUACAAUGAAUUCAGCGAAAUAACAGUAUAAUGCAACUAAACUUCACAACGAGACAUUAUUAUAAGUUUCUAUUUUAUUUCAAAGAUAUUUAUCAAUCAUCACAAUCCUCUUUUAACGGCAAGGCCACAACAUUAUUUAACAUUUGAUUAUAUGUACCCUACAUUACAUAAUUUUUUUUGCUUUCCUUAGAAUUAUUAUAUAUUAUUAUUGGAUGUCAUCUUGUUCUUGUUCUUCUUCUUCUUCUUUAUAUUUGGAAACUAAGAUAGACCAAGAGAGAGAGCAUAGAUCUAGCAGGUGAGGUGGGACCCAUGGUAUUAAUGUUUAAGGAGAAGAAUACUAGUUACUACUUACUAGUUAGGAGACACGUAAAUGCUCCAUUGGUUUUUGUCAGUAUACACAAAAUUCUUUCAAUUAUUUUUUUUUGUUUCUGUGAUCAUCAUUUUUCUAUCAACUAAUUCUCCCAACUGGACGGCUUGAGCCCAGAGUCAGCAUGCUUUCAGUUUCAGAAUCAGAGAUGGACUGACAUUAAAGGAUAGACCCAUUUGUGUCUCAAUUAGGACCAUAAUGACGAGUGGUUGUUCAAUCGGUGGCCUCUGAAAUUAACAUUUCAUUAAAACCCUUCAAUGUUUUUUGUCUGAACUUUAUUGUAACAAUGUGGUUACUGAUGUAGAUUACUCCUCAUAGUGUAACAUAUGAGAAGUGGAUCCAAUUGAAGUUGUAUCAGAGGUGUUGUGCAUUUCUAUUUCUUCAUAAUUUCUCAUAAUCAUUAAUCACGUCUAACCUAAUAAGAAGUUGCACUAAAACUGCAGAUCCAUUUGAUACAUUUCUAGCACAGCAUGUCAAAUUUAGAUGAUGUAGAAACAUUUUCACUAAAAUGUCUCUCUCACUGGAACUAUUAUCUGUAAAACCAUUCUCCUCUUACAUAAUGAUAUCUAAUAAGUGAUGGAAGUCUAACAAUGGCACAUGAUGUGGGCCAAAUUCGAAACAGGAAGGAACAAUAUAAAAUACAAAUAAAGUUUUGAGAUGCAAUAGCAAUCAUAAGAGUGAAAAAUAGAUCUGGAAAAUAAAUAUCUAGAUAUAUAUGAGCUCAUAAGAACCACCGAAUCGUAAGCACAUAUAGAUAUGUUUUUUCUACAACUCUAUUUGCCUCCAAAAUUGAAUAUGAAUCCGACAGUGUAAUCUCCAUUAGUUUCUAUCAGUCUUAUUCCCUUAAAUAAUUAAUGCUGGUAGAAAUAGGAUAUCAUAUCUAACAAGAAAUGGAGCAUAUUUUAAUUUGUUGUAUCAAACAACCAGCCCUGUAGACUUGAAAUCUAGCAGAUGUAUCAUGGUAGGGUUGGUGUGAGGGUCCUUAAGAUGAGUUUAGUAACAUGGAUUAAUAAGUGACAAUUGAAAAAAAAAAAAAAAAGUGGCCAGAAAAAGUUAUCUGAAUUUUAGAAUCCGAUGGCACAGUAUCCUGCUAACCUCAUCUCUGUUGAAGGUUCUUUUUCUGCACAUAGCAAGGAACUAGCUAGCACCAUAAGGUGGACAGUAGUAGAAUUGGGAAUUCAAAAUCAAUGUACAUCUUUGGGGAGAAAAUUCCAUGAAUAGAAGUUGACUAUAUAGUGUUGGAGAUGCCAAAUUCUUUUGGGAAUUCUUGUGACUAAUCUGCUGAUGUAUGCUUUUACCCUUUUCUAAAUGCAAUAUAAUACAUAAUGAUGAGAUGCCCAAUGGAUGGCCACUGGGUCUUGGGUUUUUGAAUAUAAAGCUUAGAGUUACAGAGGCACCCGCAGCUGCACCGGUGGAGCCUUUCUCAUCGACGCAGAUGCCAUCCACCAGCUUCUCCUCAUUCUCAUCCUCUAACCUUGAUACUGAGCAGUCAACAGCAUCUUUCUUCCAAGACAAGAGUGUAUCCCUUGGGCGUCUUAUAGGAAUAAGAGGAGGGGAGAGAGGACGAUUGUACUUGCCAAACACGCUGAGGUUUGAAGACACUACUGAGAAGAAAACAUUAGGAGAUGCUUCUUGUUCUGAUUCAUCUAACUCAAAGGUACAAGAAGUGGAUGUGUCUGGAGGCAUUUGCAUACCCACAUUACUUGAUGUCCUGCUCAGAAUCAGCACCAAAACUAAGAGAACUUCAAGGAACUAGCUACUACCUACCAUAUGACUAUGAUGCCGUCACACUAAAGAAUUUAACUAGUGAUUUUCAUCCCAUUUUUCUUGAAUGGUCCAUUUGAUCUUUCACAACUCUAUUGUAACUUAGUUAUAUUUCAGAUUAUGGGGAUUAUACAUAAUAAUAAAAGAAUUGGGGUUGAGUGUAUUU